GUUCAACCGCCUAAGCGUCAAUAUCUCGACGAAGACCGGACCAAGCAGGCUAGUUGCCGUGUAAUGAAACCCCGAAAUAAUGCCACGGCGCCCACCGUAGCCAGCGCAGCAGUACUGUCAUUCGUCCACGCCGCGAUCCAUGCGCACGGUUAGACGAUGUCGGUUACGGACAGCUCAUCCACUUGGUCCACCUUCCUGUCGGACCUUUCAGCACCGGAGGAGCACGCAGCGAUCCACAGCGAAGACGUUUUCCAUCGCGCAUUUGUACAGAUCUGCACGGAGAUACGCGAAAGGGACCCUCAACGACUGCUGGCCAGGUUCGUCAGACAUCAUGAUCAAAUCAUGGCAUUCGUUGGCGCGGUAGAUGAAUGUACGGGUCUGGAGGUAACCAAUUGUCUGGGAUCCGUCUUCUGGUCUAAGGCCUUCGAAACUGUCCGGAGAGCAUUGAAGACACGACAGCGAGAUACCCUCUUUAAACGGUAUCUCCCGAAGCUCGGCGAGAUUAUUCCAGCCUUCGGUCCUGACCUAUCGCUAUUCCCGGAUAAUGAAAAGGUUCAGAAACCGCUACAAAUGAUAUUCGCAAUAUACAUGGAAUGUUAUGAGACGAUACUACGACACCUUGAACAACCGCAAAUGGAAUCCGAAUUCGAAACCUUCGUCGAACAGGCCGGAUCCGCAUCCAAACGAAUAGCAGAGUUGAAGGAGGAAUGGGAAGAGUUGGUCAUCCAAGCUGCUAAAGAGCAGGCAGCCGCCCGACAGACGCCCUCUCAAUUCAGCUACUACAACGGUACAUUAGGCCCGCUGAACCCAUUCACUACAAGAGCAUCAUUUGAAUGGCAGGAGACUUUAGGACAAGGUACAUAUGGGCAAGUGUCGAAGGUUCGCGAGACUUCUACGGGGACAUUCUAUGCUCAAAAGCUCAUACGUGUCACCGAUCCUAGGUCGAAGCCUAGGGUGGAGAAAGAGGUUUUAAAUGAAGUCUCCAUCAUGCAGAAGCUUCGCCAUCAUCAUAUCGCUUCGGUUCAGUUCCACGUCUUCGAGGGCGAUACAUAUAGCAUCAUCAUGUUGCCCGUCGCCGAAUGCGAUCUCCGUCACUUUCUUCGCCGAUGCGUCGACAAGCAAUUCCCAAGAACGGAGUUGACUUACCUCACCUCCUGGUUUGGAUGUCUCGUCAGCGCGCUAGCAUUUGCACAUGCGAAGCAUAUCAAGCAUGAAGACAUCAAGCCUAGCAACAUUCUGAUCAAGGACCAUCAGCCAUACCUGGCUGACUUUGGCUGCGCGAAGGACUUUUCAGGGUUGGAUAGCUCAACUUCUGUGGACACGCUUACAUUCGGAACGCCGGUGUAUUGGGCUCCGGAAAGCCAACCACGAGGACGGAGCGCUGAUGUCUUCUCUCUGGGGUGUGUCUUCAGUGAAAUGCUCACUGUCAGAUACAAACGAAGGCUAGAAGAUUUUCAGGCCUUCCGGUACGUUCAACAUCGCGACAAUGCCUAUGCUUUCCGAGAGAACCUGGACCGAGUCAUCGAUUGGCUAGAGGAGAUAGUACCCCAGAGUGAUUCUGUGGGGAUCUUGUUAAAGGAGCAGACCUUCAAGAUGUUAGAGCGUAGUGUCCAGAGAAGGAAGGAGGCGAGAGACAUCAAGAGAGGGCUUCGAAUAGAGGGUGAGGUGGUUUUCUGCUCCACCUGUUUCUGACGAUUAUUGUUUCAAUUGUGGAUUAUACAUAGUAGAGACAGGCGAACUAGGCAUCAGGUUACUUCGGAAUUUUAUUCUAGGGUUGGAUUGCAUUUGGUUUUAUAUGAUAUAGCGAUUAGUCUGGGAUUCCCGAAAGGUUCGGGAGGACAAGACUAAAGUCGGUUUUCAGCGCCAUUGAUAGUUC